GUGAUCACCUUGCACCUGAGGACAGUGCCUCACAGGUGUCCUGGAGUGUGGUCGUGGAUGAACAGCGCAAUGUGGAGCCUGUUCAGGAAGUGCCAAUGCAGUUCCCUGAGCCUAAGGUACCACCGCCCGGGUUCAGACACCAAGGUGAGCCGGCUCCUGGCUAUGCAGCCCAAGGACAGGAUCAACCCAAGAGUCGUGUGUCAAGCUCAAGCGGAAGUGCACCCUUCCCACCUGCUGAUGCGGCUCUCUUUUUCACUGACCCUGCUCAAGCCCCUGCUCAAAGUGCUGCUGCUCCAGCUACUCAGGCAGCACGUGAUUUGCUUGGAAGCGCUCAGAAGCAGGCAGCUCGCCUGGCAAAGCGAAAGCUCAGGCAAAGAGGCGUGGUCAUCGUGCAGUUAGAUGAACGAUCAGUGCUUGUGAUUGAUAGCCGCGAUCGGCGCAUUCAGUCCCCCUACCAGGGAUGGCUGCUGGACGAGAUCUUGCUGAACGCCCAGUCUGGAGUGAACGUCCUGGUCGAUCGACAACUUGUCAGAUCGCCAAACAAGCGCUACCACCUCAACUUGUUCUAUGUGAGGACGAUGGACGGGUUCAAGUUCAUCUUGGUAGGAUCAAUGACGUCUUACGGGACGGUGCCAGCAGCUCGCUGGGAUGCAGACACGGGGAAGAUCAUGGCCCACCCGGCCUUUCAACCUUUUCGUUGGCCGAUGAUGACUGACGAAUCUGCAACCUGGGUCGAUGUGAAAGUCAAGGUGGGAGGGCGUCUGUACGCCUGCAGUGAUAGUGGGACGGUCGUGGCCCUGGACUUUCCUUUGUGCCACUUUGAAGUCCGGCUCACUGCGCUCUCUUCCACGGACUCGAUCGGGAUGGAUGCAGACCGCUUAGAGUUCCGAUUCAGGUCAUCCGGUGAUCAGCUGGACGUUGCAUGUUCUCAGGUGGUGGUUCCAUCAACUUGGCUGGUUGUGUCGCGUGUGUCUGGGCCCACCUUGAUCAAGAAUGCUCGUUGGUGUCGUGAGCAUCAUGCAAGGGUGGAAGGCCCUGAUCAGACCAUGCAAUUGUCACAGCUAGCCGAGAUCCAUGCACACUGGACUGCAUCGAUCGAAGCAGAGUCCGUUGAUGACACGGGUCCGAGGGUGAGUGCGGUCGCGGUGGAUUCUCACCCGGCCAACUAUCACCUCACCUGUGAGUCUCCCUUGUUCAGGGCAGCGAAGUCGUUGGUGCCAACCGAUGCACUGGCUCUGCAGGCGCACAAUGUGGCUCUGGAACAGGAGACGAUCGUGCUCCCGCCAGUGACGGGUGGGCCAUCAGUGGUGCCAAGAUCAUCAGUUGCGGCCCCUCUGCAAGCAUUGGCUGGACCGUCGGCUCCUGCACUGGUUGUGGCGCCCAAUGUUCAAGCCGAAGUCUCCAUGACUGAGCCGGGUCAAGCCCCAGCCUCGGGAGCCAUGGGAGGCUCGGUACAUGUGCAAAGGCGAUCGCUUGAAGCUCGCCAACAAGAGAGGAUCUCAGUGGCAGCCGUGACGCCACAAACUUUUCUUGAUCAGGUGUAUCAGGCGGUCCCGGGACGCCCAGUCAGUUUUGGACCGGCUCCGACCGUUGAAGAAGUGACGGCGAGGGCCCCAGUUUGCUCGGCUGUGGGAUCUCAGACCGGACGUGAUGUUAGAGCGCUGUUGGCUUCACCUUAUGCCAACUUGGCGCUGGUGUCAGCGAUGGAGGUGCGAUCGGGCCCGGAGUUCACCGUGAAGGUGCACGACUGGUCAGCAUCCCUAGAGGAGACCGUUCGUGAUGUUUUGCUCAGCAACAGUUUUAUGCUGGAACAGUUUUGGAGUCUAGCUACUUCGAUCGAGAAGGCAUUUUUCGAAUCCUCUGCAAAUCAGCUGGGUUUCGGGCAGUGCGAUCCGACUACUUUGGCGUUGAGUGCCGAGACCGCUAGUGCUCGUAGGGCUAAUGCCAUCAAAGCUCUGUUGCACAAGCCGGCUCAACCGCCCAGGAAACUGCUCAAGAAGUCUGAUUCGGAUCCGACGUCCACACCGCUGUUGGACCAGGAGAAUGCCGCUCGGUGGAAGUGGGCUUCUAAACUGGAGGCCAUAGGGAAACGGGCGGGUCAACACUCCAAGCUCUUGCUGGAUACCACCAACAGCCAAGGGCUCUCGCCGGGUGAGACCGCUCGGCUACGCCAAUUAGUGUUGGCAUCGGGGGCUCCACGGACUAUGUCGGCCCACAUCUCCGCAUGGGAGCGGUUCGAGGAGUGGGCCAAUAGUGUUGGGAUCCCCGUUUUUCCUUGGCCUUCUGAUUUGAUUCUGAAGUAUGCUCUAGCUCUUGACGAGAAAGAAUGUGGUCCCACAGUUUUGCCUUCUUUUAGGAUGUCAAUUAAGUGGGUAACAUCUAAACUGGCGAUCGACUGCCCUGAUUUGUCCCAUCCCGCUCUCUUGGCGGUUCAGUCGGACGUCAUUCAGAAAAGGGCCACCACAUUGAAAGAAGCCCAGCCCAUCCCGAUCGUGGCGGUCGGAAGUCUGGAGCAGUUCGUCACAGACGUGCAGCAGCCAGAGGCAGCUAGGCUCUUUGCAUGGUGGUGGCUCUGCAUGGUCCUCUGCAUGGUCUUCGCAUCGCUGAGGUUCGACGAUGCCAUGCAUGUCAGGCCAACUGAGUUGAUCAUGAAAGACGAAGGGCUCUUUGGCGUCGCUUGGCAGACGAAAGUCGAGCGCAAACGCCGUGGCACGAAGUUCGUAGUGCCGAGAGUUGGCUUUCGUGAUUCAGCCUGGCUUGACAUUGGCUGGGACCUUUUGCAGCUCGAAGAUUUGGAUCGUGACUUCUGGAUGAGAGACUUGAACACCCAGACGGAGUUCAGGUCUGCACCAGCUCAAUAUCAACGUUCCAUUCAGUGGCUGCGUUUCAUUGGCAAGCUCGCCAUCAAGACCUACUUUAGUGGGCCUGAGGGUAAGCUCAAUGAGGCCGUGGACGGGUUGCUCAAGGUCACAGCCCACUCAGCUCGGGUCACCAUGUUGGACGCUGCAGUACAUGCUCGUCGAUCGACGGAGGAGAUCGGACUGCAAGCGAACUGGAAAAAUCCGGGUCCUCUAGUGUUGAAAUACACCAGGAACCGGACCAGCGUACCAGCUCAGAUGGUUCAACAGCUGGUCAAAGACAUGGUUGACAAUGAGCACCCGUUCGAGGCUGAAGAGGAUGUCGUGCUCGACUCCGUAGAUGAGACGGCUCUCAAUGAGGUGCAGUUCUACGUCAAGACGGAAGGCGCUCGUGCCUCCCGUGACUAUCGAUAUCACUGCUCGAAAGAGGAGGACGAUGAGAUGGUCGCAUGUGGCAAGCUCGCCGUCCGUGACUGCACUGCCGUUGGGGCCGCCCUGCCAGAUCCUUCCGUGCUCUGCAAGCAGUGUGCCAAAGCUCGACCAGAUGUGGCUUCACGAUGCUUCUCUGCUCAGAGCGGAAGUGUUCGGGCAUCUAUUACACAAUUAAUCAUGGUGGAUCGCACCGUGUACACCCCGGACAAGUUGCCGGAGCUCCCAUUGCGGCAGAUCUUUGGUCGGCAACGAGUUCCGGAAGACUUGUGCCGGCUCGUGGCUGAUGUGGGUCUCCGCAGCGUGGAAACGUUCGCCAUGCUGGGGGACACGAUCACAACGGUCAAGCAGACCUUGAAAACGAUCAUACCAGAUUCUGCUCGUUUCGGCGAUGAUGCGCCGGCGCAGGAGCUUGCUCUUACAGCUCUGGCGGCCGUCUGGAAGCAGUGCUCCACCAUGCAAGAUCACUUCGCAGCUCGGCGAGCCAAAAUGGAAGAAGACCCCAGCAAGGUCCCAGAGAUUCCAGGCGAAGAUCAUGCUGAGUUUCGUGACACGUUCGUGGCUCGUCACCCUGACGUGCUCUUGCCCAUGCAUCGAGAGCCUCAUCGGAAGUUUGUCGAACGUGUUCAACGAGACUACUUGGUGCACGGCUUUGUUCAUUUCUACGAAGUCGGCGAGAUCCGCACCAGGACUGAGCAGAUCGCUCAGAAAUCUGGGCUCUCCAAAAAUGCAGAGGAUCUCUUGCGUGUGGUGAUGGUAGAUCAGCCUAGUGCGGCUAGUUCAGAAUCUCAGGUGAUGGACAAACUGCAUGCGUUCUUCAUUACCUUAGAAUACUUGAACAUCUGUGAGUUCUCCGUGGCAGCCGGGCCCCUGAAAUACUUGUCUGAUCUGGAGGAGUGGCGCCAUGAGAACCGUGGCCUGGCCUUGCUCUUGGCGGCUGAUGCGUUGAUCCGCAAGAAAGUUCAUCGAGUGAGCUCUGAUCAGCGCAAGACAUUUGGCACGUUCUCUGCCGCCUUGCUUGAGGUCUUGACCAACCACAAACAGCUGUGGAAUGACGCUCGAUCAAGCGCAGAGUUGGACAAGUUCAAGCAGGUGAUGCAGACGACGGCGCCAUCUACACCGUCAAAGAAGCGCUCCAGAUCUCGCUCGCAGUCAGCCCCAAAGGCUUCACCCAAAGCUCGAAAGAACAGGGCUCGUCGUGAACGCCAGAAGGCCUUGCUCAAGAAAGCUAAGGUUGGUCACGCCUCAACGCCACCUCCCAAGUCGGAUCAGGCCAAGAAACCCGCUCGAGAUGAACGGGUCCCGGCCCACGAAUGGCAGAAGAUUACUUCGUUCAAGUAUCAAGGAGCCAAGCGAUGCCCUUUCUUCAACUGCUCACUGGGUUGCCGCUUUGGUGAUCACUGCCGCCAGAAGCACAGCUGUGUGGAAUGUGGUAAAGAUCACCCGUGGCACGGCAACCACUGCAUCACAGAGGCUGUUCAGCUGAUGGGUGUGCCUGCGCUGCCGCCAGUGGAUGUGGUUGUCUCUGAUCUGGUCAGCGAAGCAGCCGAUGUGUUGGAUCUGGCAGUGUGGGAGACUAUCAUGGCAAUCAUUGCUAUCAUUGCUGCCAGGCUGGUCUUCUUGCUCCAUUGUGGCACCCCGUGCAACACCUUCACUGCAGCUCGCAAAGAUGAUGGAGGACCUCCUCCACUGCGCUCUCGCGUGCUCCAGGUACUUUGUCCAGGAGGGCACGUGCACGAGUCUUUGAGAGGCAAAGUGUUCGACCCCCUUCAGGGCAAACUGGUGUUCAAGACCAAGGCUGCGCAGGUCUAUCCUUGGGCUUUGUGUGCGGCGUUCGCCAGCGUUGCUCACGAUCUAUGGCAAGACCCUCUUCAUGCUCUACAACCUUCGCUGCAGCUGACCACGCCCCCUGCGGAUCGCAAACGCGAAGUGGGCUCCUGCAAACCGUGGCUCGGACACAAGCAGGAGGAGUCGGCUCUCAAAGCGCUCUGGGCGGGUUAUCAGCUGAAGCGGGGUGCGGCCAAGCCUUUGUUGCAUGUGGAGAUGGAACCUGGCCAAGCGAUCGAGGCGGCCUUGAACGUGAUCCACCCUUUCACCAUCGAGGCUCCUCUGGCAGCGAUGGAAGAAGCAGCCGUCCUCCAACUUCGGCGCCCGUCUGAGGUGAUCAUGGCUGAGCGGGCGCGGUUGCUACAAUUUUGGCAUGCUCAGGCAGUGGCUUUAUUGCCCCACUCAGUGGCGGCGAUCCGGGCGCUGCCCGAUCCCCAUCUGCGGCGUCUGCUCCUUGGCACUGACGACCUUUCCGUGCCGCGCCUUGGUCAAGUUUGCCACGUCGCAUUGUACGAGGCUAUGCUCAUGGCGUGCGGCUCGGUGGAUCAGUCAUUGCCCUCUUUUCUCUUGCACGGUUUUCCGAUCGUUGGUGAGAUCGCUCGCUCUGGUCGAUGGCCUCCCUACAAUAAGCCCCAGAAAGACAUCCCGGUGCAAGACGCAUUGGAUAGGGCCUGGGUUCUUCGGAAGAAGAUCAUCCAACGUGUUCAAUCAGUACAGAUCUCUGACAACCUUCAGAAGAUUUGGGAUGCAUCGAUCGAAGAUGUUGAGGAGAAAUCGUGCUUGGGCCCCUUUGUGUCUGAAGAGGAGGUCACGAAAGCUCUUGGGUGCGACGAUUGGAUCCCAACUCAGAGAUUCGAAGUUGUUCAGAAGAAUAAAGUUCGUGGUUGUGACAGCGCCACGACAAACAUGAUCAAUCAGAUCACCCGGAUCUCGGAGAAGCUACAACUGCCUUCUACAGACACGAAUGUCGCAGCUCUGCGCAAGUUGAGAACGAUCAAGCCUGGCGUGAAGCUGGCAGGGUGGGUGCUCGACGAGCGCAAAGCCUAUCGGCAAGUAGCGGUGCGACCUGAUCACCGGAAGUUCUCUGUUAUUUGCUUGAAGAAUCCGAAGACUGGUGCUCCCAAUUUCUUCAUCAUGAUAGGUCACUCAUUUGGCUUGGUCUCAGCUGUAUACAACUACAAUCGCCGAUCGGCGGCCAUUAACGAGUUCUUGGUCUCGCUGUUCGGCUUAGUGGCUUUCAGCUUCUAUGACGACAAAUAUGGUUUUGAACCUCUGGCGAUCGCGGGAAGUGCUCGUGCAGUAGCUGAACAUGUUCAUUUCUGGUUAGGUGCGAAGUUUGAUCAGAAGAAAUUGCAGCUAUCUACAGAGCCCACGAUCCUAGGGGUGACUUACAACCUUGAUCAGAUGCAGUUGGAGAUCAAAGCUGAGCGGAGAGAAGAGAUCACCCAGGAGAUUGAAGCGAUCGUGAAGGCAGGCAUUCUAGACCCUGGCUCGGCGGGGAAGUUGAAAGGUAAGCUCAUGUUUGGCGCUUCUCAGCUCUGGGGAAAAGUUGGACGAGCUUUUCUGAGGGUCAUUUCUGAGCGCCAAUACCUUCGUUUCCCGAUCGGUAGUGAGUUCAAACUAGAUCAACCUCUGCUCGAGUCUUUGCUCCACUGGAAGAAAUUGGUCAAUGAGGGACCGCCGAGGCCGAUCGAAUCAGCUUCAGCUAAACUAGUGGAUGCAGUGAUUUUCACAGAUGGUUUCACGCCGGAUCCUAGGAAGAAGGAACGUUUGCCUGAUCGUGUAGGACGCAGCCGGCCGGCAGCCUGCAGCUUACGUUGCCGGCUGUGUGACAAGGGCUGCCAGCGACCUGCUUUUGCGGCCUAUGCCACCUGCUGCACGUACUGCCAGGGUCCAGAGGGCCCGCACGCGCGUGACUGUGCGCAGAAGGUCGAGCUGGUGGGCUACCGAAGAACCAAUGAGCCAACUCCAGCAUUCUCCUCACAGAUUGUGGUCCGAGCCAUUUGCGCAGAGCUCUAUCGAAGCUUUGACAAGUUUGGCCGUAUGGAUCCCUUUGCCCUGGUGGACUGGUGCUACGAGGAUGGGCGCACAGUGAGUAUUGGGCGAACCAAGACCGCAGCAAGACAGUCCAUCAGCAUUGCUGCUUCCAUGGUUCAGGUGCUGGAGGAGAAUUUGGGAGGCCUCGUCCAGUCCACCUUCUGUGGAGAUGCCACGGUGCCUGUGGACGCCUUGCUUUCGGGUGCGCGGACCAUCUCCCCUGGGCUGAUGCAAACUCAGCCGCAGCCGAUACCUUUGCACAAACGUGGGGAAAACACUGGACAGAGUCUUGGAGGUGGACUGAGGAUUGUGGUGCAAAUCCUUAUUCAUCUGCCAGAAAGUCAGCAAGCAGCCCUGAAUCAGUUCACCUACGUCGACGCGAAGCGCUUUGUGACUCCAGUGCGGAGAUUGGGUGUUUCUGGUGGCACAGCGCCUUUCUUCAGCUUGGAGCUGGCAGCUGUUGAAGGAAAGCGCUCAGGGGAUUAUUGGAUCGGCAAAGACUUAAGCCGUGCCAUGGAUGAAGUGCACUUCUAUGAGAAGGUGAAGAGCCUGAGCAAACAUGCAAGCCGUGAGAUGCAGGAUGGCAUUCUGAAAGCCACAGAAGAAGGGGUUGAAGGUGGUGGCGAAUUGGAGCUUCUGGUGCUACAGAAUAUGAGACACGGGAGGAAAUCUUUGAGAUUACUGGACAUUAAGGUUGGAGAGAAGACCCUCAGGACAGCUGCGGCCAACUGGAUGGGGAAGUCAAGACUGGCGGCCUUGAAGCAGGCCUUGAUAGACGAGCAUACGAACUCCCAGGCAGAAGGGUUUCGGUUGGAAGGCUUCGAUGGUCAAACUCCCGUACUGCUGUCUAUGGAUCCCUUGUUGGACCUGGGCGGAGGAGAAGGACAUAGCAAAUCCACGCAGAAAAAGGUCGCUCGGCUAAGCCUUACGGCUAAGCUUGGCUAUGCCUGGCUUGCAAGUCCGGUGCGAACUUCAAGACUCCAAAAGUUGAGCACUAGAGCCUUGGGGGAGCGUUGUUGUCCAGCGAAUGAGACAGGUUCAAAUUCAAUAAGCCCAGCACGGCGGCUGAUGUUGCAGCGACUGCCAGCUGCUGAGAUGCUGAUGCACUACCUGGAUCUACAUAGCUAUGAUGCUUCCAUCCCCCCAUCCAGUGAACUAGCGGAGGUUGUUCUGGAUGAGACUUGCAAGCAGCUGGUGGGACUCACCGUGGCGUGCUGCAGCACUCAAUCUCCGCAGAAAUGGAUUGGCAGUUCGUUUGGAGCUGAAGCUGAGGGAUAUGAGGAUGGUCAGGGCUUCACUCCUGCGGAUGAAGCCGAGUUGCGAAAAUCCGUGCUGGUGAAGAUAUUUGACUGGGGCAGGUCAGAAUUAAACACCUUGGAGGAGCACUCCGAGCGAACCGCGGAAGAGCAGCAGGAUCGCCUCGACUUCUGGCGUCUCUAUGUUGGCGGCAUCCAGAGGCUAGCGUGGGAGGCUGCGCGCCAGUACCGCCACCGCUUUGGCAAUCCCAAUGGAUGGAAAAAAGCUCAAUUGGUGGUCUAUGACUUCGACUCCAUGACCGACAGCGACUUCAUUGGACAGGUCUUUGCUGAUUUGGUGGAGACUCCAGAGACCACUGCUCCACUGCUUACCGCAGACGGCGUCCCUGUUUCUGGCAAGGACGGGCCAUCGACUCUUACCUACUCCAUAACUUGGAGAAGGUUUGCAGAGCAGAGUCGCUUGCAGGGGGCUUGGAGCGUGCGAAUCGUGAGGGCCGAGAAGUUACCAGUGUGUGACACUGUUCUCUGGGCUUCCCGAGCUUCGUCGGAUCCCUUCGUCAAGGUGGCGAUGAGACCCAUCUUCCUCUCUGCCCUCGCCGGCCUCGGCAUGAUGCUCAUGGGCAGCCUGCAGGGCUGUGGAUCGAACGGAGAUGAUCUCUCCGUUGGUGGAUCAACAUGCACGGAUGCUGGGCAAGCACGAUGUGGACAAUUCAAUCAGGUGAACUCUGGCAGCUUGUGCGAGAAUUCCAGGACAUUUGCUGAGUGCAUCGCUACGGAGGAAUGCUGUGCCUUGGAAGAGAAUGGCAAAACCGCAUCCGCUCUCAUUGAUGAGAUGAUUGCUAAUUUGUCCAUUGGGCCUCUUCCAUGUGCCUUGACGAAUCCUUGCACAUCAAGCACAGAAAGCGCGACGGUCACGGCCACGACCACCGUUACCGCAGCAGGAGCCACAGCGACAGUCACGGCGACCGACACAGUCACCUCGACAGUUACGUCAACGGUCACCGAAACAGCCACUUCGACGCAAACCAACGUGACGACCAGCGCGACAGUCUUCGCCUACAGUGAAGAUGAAAGCUAUCGGUGUGUACAACGUUCUACAGUGAAGGUGAAGAAUUUGGAUCCCACUUGGGAUGAGACUUUUGACCUUCCAGUGGCCAAACCUGAGCAUGCCAGUUUGGAGGGCUUGAUGCUACCUGCGGUGGCCUACACCUUGGAGGCGGAAACAGAGGGCCUGAAGUACUGGAAAGAACUCAUGAAUGCGAUUU